AUGGCACAAUUGGUGCAUGCUCUCGAAGCAGAAGGUCUGUUGCCCGCCGACAAGCGGUGGGACGAUCUGGAUGCGGCAAGACACUUCCAACCUCGCAGCUCAUUCUUUGUGGGCGGUCCCCCUCGGGAUGUCGAGGCGCACUUUCGCAACCAUGCGCUCAUGAUGGGCUGCUCGCUCACCAACUUUGCACGCAACAGGCGGGCCAAGAAGACGGACCUCCGCAGCAAAGGCUCGCCGCGGGGUCUGAGGAUAGGAGCGCCCAUCACGAGAUUUACAGGGGAUUUGUUCCGCGGCGUCGGAGCUCGUGGCGGUUUGUCCGUUGAGCAGGUCGAGCAGAUAUUAUCCAAAGGUGCGGACAGGGCCCAGUUGUGGAUGGACGGUCGUUCGCCCCCCGGUGCCCCGGAGAGUAUGAAAACGGGCAAAGCUCCGCACAACCUUGAGGAACAGCACCUGGAAGAUGGUGACGGCUCGUGCAAGCUUGCGACACUGGUGCUGCACCUCGCAAUGGCACUGGAGGCCGAGAUACCCGAGGCUACCUUCAACUACUUUACAGUGUAUCGGACGACGUGGCAGGCGUUGCGCGAUCUCUGGGACGACAAUGCAACGUAUUUCGACAAGGUGUUUGGGGAGCUCGAGGUGCUGAGGGACAAUUCGCGCGGUCCAUCGCUUGUGACUUUUAUCCUGAUGGCGGCGACGGGGAGAAACGACUGGGUCGCGCUAGGUCGGGACCUCAACCUCCCACUGGAGCUUUCGGCCCAGUCUGUCAAGAAGAUGCUCGAUAGAGGAGUGGGUCGGGUCGCUACUGCAGAACUGGAAGGACUAGGCAUCAACAUCGAUGGGCUGUUGUAA